AUGGGCAUAACGAUGAUGGCAACGACUGUUGAUUCAGAGACGCAGCGUCUUAACGGCGAAUCUAACUCACUGCAGGCUCUAGAACAUAUGCUUACCCAACUGAUAAAUUCUCUAUGGAAUAUGAUUAUUACCGUUUACGAUAUGCAAACUGAUAGCGUUGAGCUGAUUGUCCAGUAUGCUGAACAGAUUCUAGAGUGUAUAAAGGAAAUCGACAAAAUAAAAGACAGUAUAAAUAUCGAGGUUCCAAUGGAGGCUAUCGAAUGUCUAUGUGAUGGAGGUAAUCCAGAUAGUUUUAUGAAUGAGUAUGUUCGAGAAGUGUUUACAGAAGACCAGCAAGCACAUAGCAAGACAGAAGCAAUACACAACUUUAGAGAUUUGCUGAUCGAUCGGCUAAAGUCUACGUUCCCCACCGAUGCCGAUUUAUAUACAUCAUCUUCAUCGACUACGGAAGAGCGAAAAGAAAGCAACGGACAUUAA